UUGUAACUUAUUAAAAUUGUUACAGGAAAUGGAGGAUAAAGUGACUAGUCCAGAGAAAGUUGAAGAAGCAAAAUUAAAAGCAAGAUAUCCUCAUCUGGGACAAAAGCCUGGAGGCUCAGAUUUCUUAAGGAAACGAUUACAGAAAGGGCAAAAAUAUUUUGAUUCUGGGGAUUAUAACAUGGCUAAGGCAAAAAUGAAGAACAAGCAACUUCCUGCUGCAGCCCCGGAUAAAGCAGAGGUCACUGGUGACCACAUCCCCACUCCACAGGACCUUCCUCAACGGAAACCAUCUCUUGUUGCUAGCAAGCUGGCUGGCUGAUUAAAAGAGCUGAUUGCAUGAACCUUUUUUCCUAUUGUUUCUUUUUGAUGUUACUUCUCUUUUUAUUUCCUUUUAUUCACUAAGUCAUUUGAGAGUGGCUUCAUGGGUAGUGGUAGUAUGUGUGCUGCUAUUGUAAGGGAAUAUAAGUGUCAGAUUUUGAUUAGUUUUACAGUGUACUGAUGGAAAAGAGUAUGUUAGCACAUGAAGUUAUCUACUUGAAAAUAAUUGUAUAUAUUCCUUAACUCCUAGUGUAGGAAUGGUUCCAACAAAACCAAGUUUUACAGUUGUAAUGUUUUGGCUUUCUCCUUUAUCUUAGUGAUAACUUUAUAUGUUACUCUUAUUUAAUAUAAACUGUAUGGCAUUGAUCUGUAACUUCCUUUUGGAUUUUUGUAAAGUGAAGAAAGAAAGAACACAAAGCAAGUUUAAGACCACAAGUUGGAAGAAAGGUCACAUAUUUCAAAUAUAAAUAGAUGGGGCUCUAAAACAUAUAUCUGUGCUUGAACUUGAAUGGCCUUAAACCUGUUUCAGCUUUAACAAUAGAAUUUUACUUGGGCAAUAUUUGCCCACUCUGGUGUAACUUAUGACUUCAGUGCUUAACAGCUGACAUUGAUGCUCAUAUUCUUCAGUUGCGUAGGGCUAGGGCACCUUUUGUUGUUAAAGAUGUGAAUGAAGAGUGCAUGUGCAUUGACUGUUGAAUUCACUUUUGUGCCAUUCUUGUAAAUACAGUGGUUUUGCACAACCUCUCACAAAUAUCUAUAAUUUCACAUUAAAACAUAGAUGAUGUGCCAACCAAAAGCACAAGAGUUCCCACACAAAACUGUAUGUCAUUAGAGCUCUUGUAUGUUAAGAACAAUUUAUUUACAGUCUUGAGCUUGUAGAAUACCAAGCUGAAAUCUACUCAGUCUGCUGUAGACAAGCUUUUUCAUUUGUUAACUGAUAUCCAUGAUAUUCAGUGGCCUUGUGCAGAUAGGAUAUGUUGCUUAGGCAUAUCUUUUGUCUAUGCAGAACAUCUCAUUUUGACUUUUAAUAAAAACUUCAAAUCAUGUAAUUUAUGUAUAACUUCUACAUGUAGAAAUCUUUUACUUCCAGUCAGUUGGGGGGGGGCACUAGAAUAAAAACUUUAGUAUUCUCUUGUGACCCCUCCAUUUUCAUUCUUUCUUUGCCUUGAAUCGUUUUGGGCUGCACUGUUCAGUCUAUUGGAAAACAUAGAUGUCUAUCUUUCCUCUUAAUUGGCUCUGCUGAAUGCUGUAUUUUGUAACACACUAACGAUGUUAUAAUUUCUCACUUGCCUAUUCAUAAUUCUGUAUCAUUACUAAUAUUUGAUAGUUGUUUAAAUAAAAGUAACUUUAUAAUGAAACAGAUAUUUAAAGAAGACUGGCCCGAGAAACUGUAAUUAUGAUGAGACAAAGUGAAUUAGGCUUGUGACAACUACAUGAUAGGUGGGACAUAAACAUUAAAAUAUUCAGAUAUUUUA